AUGGUUAUACAAUUGACCACUAACAAGCACCAGGAAGAGAGAAAGAUGUCCUUGGGGGAGGAGCAAGGAGGGUCACAUCCGCAGUAUCUCGAGCCCAGCGAGCUGGGGACAAAAGAAUACUGGGAAAGAUACUACGACAGCUCGCUCACCCACUUUCUGUCCUCCAAGCGAGACGGACGAAGACGCCGUGACGAGCAGCAGCAGACAGACGGAGAAGACGAUGGCCAGGGAGAGGACGACGACUCAGACAUCGGGACCUCGUGGUUCAGCGAGCACAAUGCGCCGCAGAAGGUGCUGGACUUCAUGACCUCAGAGAAGUUCCCACUUGCGCCGGACUACUCGCAGGCCGGCCGGGAGCCUAGCAUACUGGACCUGGGGACGGGCAAUGGGAGCAUGCUGAGUCUGCUGCGGGAAGAAGGAGGGUUUAGCGGUCCCAUGGUGACGACGGUCAAGGUCAAGGCGGAGGUGACGAGGGGAUACGGUUCGAGGUAUGGGACAUUCUAG